UAGCUAUCUACAGGGGGAUGCAUCUGAAUGAAGAGAAGCAGAGAGCCUGUGUCCAUAGCAUUUUUUUUGUUUGCUCCAGAUUCACGAUUUACAUAAAAAAAUAUUCAGAAAUGCAAUUUAAAGCUUAUUUUUUUCCUCAUCAUGAAAAAUUGCAAAAGACCAUGUAAAAGCACAAUUUUCAGAGGAGAAUGGUUAAAAUUAUUGUUUUAGUCUCAAAUAGAUAAAUAAUAAUAAUUUUUUUUUUUUUUACUCUUGCUUUAUAAUUUACCUUUCAGUUUGUGGAAUACAUAAUAAAACUUUACAUAAGAGGUUUUUCUGGUUUUUAAAUCGACCUGACAGCUGUUGGAAACUCGGGUUACAAAAGCAGUGUUUGGUAACGCGCGUGCCGUGGAAACGUGACGGUCGGUCGGUGCAGUCCGACGGCGGCAUCCGCACACAAACACCGGGAGAAGGAGGCACUUCUGUCCCCGGAAAAGACUGUUUUUGUGUUUACAGCGCGGCUUAAACACCAUGGCUACCUCUCGUACUGUUAUAUGUUUACUGAGAAACGACUUACGCCUUCACGAUAACGAGCUUUUCUUCUGGGCUCAGAAAAAUGCAGACCACAUAGUCCCACUUUAUUGCUUCGACCCCAGACACUAUGUUGGAACCUACAACUUCAAUUUUCCAAAGACCGGGCCUUUCCGUCUGCGCUUUUUACUGGAGAGCGUCAGAGACCUCAGAAACACACUCCGCAGCAAGGGGAGCAAUUUGGUGGUGAGACGCGGGAAGCCAGAAGAAGUAGUUGCUGACCUGAUCAAGCAGCUAGGCUCUGUUAGCAGUGUAGCUUUCCAUGAAGAGGUGGCUUCGGAGGAGCUGAACGUGGAGAAGAAGGUGAAGGAAGUCUGCGCUCGGAUGAAAGUGAAAGUUCACACCUGCUGGGGCUCCACGCUGUUCCACAGAGAUGAUCUGCCGUUCCUGCACAUGUCCAGACUUCCUGACGUGUACACAGAGUUCAGAAAGGCCGUGGAGAGCCAGAGCAGGGUGAGACCUGUGUUCCCAACCCCAGACAGGCUGAGUCCUCUGCCCCCGGGGCUGGAAGAUGGAGUUAUCCCUACAGCAGAGGAUCUGGAGCAAACUGAGGCUGAGACUGAUCCACGGUCAGCUUUCCCCUGCAGUGGUGGAGAAAAUCAAGCCCUAGCCAGACUCAAACACUACUUCUGGGAUACUGAUGCGGUUGCUACAUACAAAGAAACUCGUAAUGGAUUAAUCGGAGUGGAUUAUUCCACCAAAUUUUCACCUUGGCUGGCAAUGGGUUGCAUCUCUCCCAGAUAUAUUUACCAUCAGAUCAAAAAGUACGAGCAGGAGCGGACCGCAAAUCAGAGCACCUACUGGGUCAUCUUUGAGCUUUUGUGGAGGGACUAUUUCAAGUUUGUUGGAGUAAAGUAUGGAAACAAAAUGUUUUUUGUCAAAGGGCUACAAGACAAGUCGUUGCCAUGGAAACGAGACACAAAGCUAUUUGAUGCAUGGAAAGAGGGACGAACAGGGGUGCCUUUUGUAGACGCCAACAUGAGGGAGUUGGCCAUGACGGGCUUCAUGCCCAACAGAGGGAGACAAAACGUUGCAAGCUUCCUUACCAAGGAUCUGGGGCUUGACUGGAGGAUGGGGGCUGAAUGGUUCGAGUACCUGCUGAUCGAUCAUGACGUCUGCAGCAACUAUGGCAACUGGCUGUACAGUGCCGGUAUAGGAAAUGACCCCAGAGAGAACAGGAAGUUCAACAUGAUCAAACAAGCUCUCGACUAUGACAGCAAUGGAGACUAUGUGCGGCAGUGGAUCCCCGAGCUGGCGGCUGUCAGAGGAGCAGAUGUGCACACUCCCUGGAACCUCAGCUCCGCCUCGCUGUCACAUGCUCAUGUGUCGCUUGGCGAGACCUACCCCACCCCUAUAGUUAUAGCGCCGGAGUGGGGCAGGCACUUUAACAAGAAACCGAGUGGACCAGGACCGUCACGGAAAGGAAAAAAAGGGCCUUCUCACACUCCCAAACAGCACCGGGACCGGGGCAUCGACUUCUAUUUCAAUAAAAGUAAAAACCUGUGAAAAACCAAACACUAAGCUGAGAUUUAAACAGACAGAUGGCAGGUCUAUUUAUUUACAUCAGAAGUUGUUCGGUGGAAGUUUUAGGAACUGUCUGUUUAUUGGCUGUAAAAAUAAAUUUAAAAAAAAAGGAAGUGCCUCGUGAUUUACUUUUUAUAGACUCUGCAGCUUUUCCCCGCAUGCUCACUUGCCAGUGAAAGUCAGUUGGAUUUCUUUUAUUUUAUCUUUAUUGCAGCCAAAUUAUUUUUUUAUCAGCAGAUCUGUAUUUUUCUCUGUUGGAAGAUUUGCUCUGUUUUUGGUGGUUACAAGUGUUUUCUAUUUUUUUUUAUUUUUUAAAGGUGCUUGUUAUAAAAUCUUGUUAUCUGAUUAUAUAAAGUUUCCUUUUCGCGCUCUAAACUGUUAUUUUUAUUGUAUUAUCUGAUGGAAGGAAGAAGUGGAGAUUUUGCGGUACACUGAAUAAAGAGGAACUGAAAUUACUGA